UAGUCGGUCUGCUGCUUUCAUUUUAGAUUCAGCUUCUCUUUUCAAGCUUCUUAAUGUCUGCUACACAAAACGACAACUACGCAAAGGUUAUAAACUCCAGACGCAGAUAAAACACGAUAAGAAAUAUCUUUAAGCUUCGUCUAGAGUCGGUCAAUGUCACCGAGCCCAGCUGUCGGCUUGCAGCUAACGUUAACCUAGCCUAGCGUUGAAGUAACAAGAUUGUCAACAACCUACCACAGGUUCAUUUUCAACAUCUGUGGGAGAGUACUGCUGGCGUCGUGUGUGGCUGCUGCUUCUCCCUCUCGUAGCCCCCCUUCCAUCCACCCCUAGUUGUAUUGAAGAGUCAUGGGGAAUCAGCUAGCAGGGAUUGCCCCUUCUCAGAUUCUGUCUGUAGACAGCUACUUCUCUGACAUCCAUGACCAUGAGUAUGACAAGAGCCUGGGCAGCACUCGUUUCUUCAAGGUGGCACGUGCAAAGCACAAGGAGGGCUUGGUGGUGGUCAAAGUAUUUGCCAUCCAGGACCCCUCCCUCCCUCUGACCAGCUACAAACAGGAGCUGGAGGAGCUGAAAAUCAGACUGUUUUCCUGUCAGAACUGUCUGCCCUUCCAGAAGACCUCCCUCACAGAGAAGGCAGCCAUCCUCUUCCGUCAGUAUGUACGCGACAAUCUGUAUGACCGCAUCAGUACACGGCCUUUUCUCAACGGUGUGGAGAAGCGUUGGCUCGCCUUCCAGAUCCUCAACGCUGUUGACCAGGCACAUAGGGCUGGUGUUCGCCAUGGUGACAUCAAGACAGAAAAUGUCAUGGUGACCAGUUGGAACUGGGUGCUACUAACUGACUUUGCUAGCUUCAAGCCUACAUACCUGCCAGAGGAUAACCCAGCUGACUUCAAUUACUUCUUCGACACGUCUAGGCGGAGGACCUGCUACAUUGCCCCCGAGAGGUUCGUGGAUGGAAGCAUGUUUGCAACAGAGAGUGAUCAGAAUACCCCUCUUGUGGACCUCACCAGCAGCAACCAGAGGAGCAGAGGAGAGCUCAAACAGGCUAUGGACAUUUUUUCUGCAGGAUGUGUGAUUGCAGAACUUUUCACAGAGGGUGUUCCAUUGUUUGAUCUCUCCCAACUACUGGCUUAUCGCAAAGGGCACUUCCAGACAGAGCAGGUUCUCAUGAAGAUAGAGGACAGAAGCAUUCGGGAGUUGGUUGCCCAGAUGGUGCAGCGGGAGCCAGAGAAGCGUCUGACAGCAGAGGAGUAUCUGAAGCAGCAGAAAGGGAAAGCCUUCCCUGACAUUUUCUACACUUUCUUACAGCCAUACAUGGCCCAGUUUGCCAAAGAGACCUUCCAGUCUGCUGAUGAGCGUGUACUGGUUAUCCGCAAAGACCUAGACAACAUCAUCCACAACCUACGAGGAGGAGGACACUCCUCUUCCUCCUCCUUGGAGAAGGCAUCCCAGGAGAGCGGCAGUGGAGCGGUGAGUGUGCGGGAGGAGCAGGGGCUCAUCGUGCUAGUUUCUGUCAUCACCUCCUGCCUGCAAACAUUGCGCUCAUGUGAUUCCAAACUGGCAGCCCUAGAGUUGGUCCUCCACUUGGCCCCACGGCUCAGUGUGGACAUCCUGCUGGAUCGCAUCACGCCCUACCUGCUCCACUUCUGCAAUGAUCCCGUGCCCCGUGUGCGUGCACAGGCUGUGCGCACCCUGACCAAGGUGCUGGCACUUGUGAAGGAGGUGCCACGCAAUGACAUCAACAUAUACCCGGAGUAUAUCCUGCCCGGCAUCGCGCACCUGGCCCAGGACGACGCCACCAUAGUCAGGCUGGCCUAUGCAGAGAAUAUUGCUCACCUGGCAGAGACGGCCCUGCGAUUCUUGGAACUGGUACAGGAGAACAAUGUGAAUGCAGAGCAGGACGUCAGUGGGGAGGACACAGAGGACACACUCCAUCCCAAUGAGAAUUAUGACUCCGAGCUACAGGCACUGCAUGAGAUGGUACAGCAGAAAGUGGUGACCCUGCUGAGCGACUCUGAGAACAUUGUCAAACAGUCUUUGAUGGAGAAUGGCAUCACACGCCUCUGCGUCUUCUUUGGGCGGCAGAAAGCCAAUGACGUGCUGCUGUCUCAUAUGAUCACCUUCCUCAAUGACAAGAAUGACUGGCACCUGCGUGGAGCCUUCUUUGACAGCAUUGUGGGUGUGGCGGCCUAUGUAGGGUGGCAGAGCUCCUCUAUCCUGAAGCCCCUCCUCCAGCAGGGCCUGAGUGAUGCUGAGGAGUUUGUCAUCUACAAGGCUCUCAACGCCCUCACCUGCAUGUGUCAACUGGGCCUGCUGCAGAAACCACACAUCUACGAGUUUGUCAGCGACAUCGCUCCGUUCCUGUGCCACCCCAACCUGUGGAUCCGCUAUGGAGCGGUGGGCUUUAUCACAGUGGUGGCUCAGCACCUAAAUGUGGCCGACAUCUACUGUAAACUAUUGCCUCACCUCAACCCCUUUAUCACCCAGCCAAUUAUACAGAUUGAUAAGGAGCUGGUCUUGCUGAGUGUGCUGAAGGAGCCAGUGAGUCGCUCCAUCUUUGACUACACACUGCGCUCCAAAGACAUUGGCAGCCUCUUCCGCCACCUGGCUCUCCGGCAGAAGAAACGUGCGGGUUCUAUCCCAGAAUGCCCCAACCCUGAUGAUCCAGCCAUUGCUCAGCUCCUCAAGAAACUACUGUCGCAGGGGAUGACUGAAGCAGAGGAAGACAAGUUGCUGGCACUCAAAGAUUUCAUGCUGAAGUCCAACAAGGCCAAGGCCAACAUGGGGGAGCAGAGUAACCUUGGGGAGGCAGCCCAAACCGGAGUCAUUGACCUGGCAACACUUGGAAUUACUGGGCGCCAGGUUGAUCUGGUCAAGCCCAAGGCUGAGACAGAUGACAAGAGAGCGAGGAAACACACCAAGCAGGACUCCACCAUGAAUGAGGAAUGGAAGAGUAUGUUUGGAUCCCAGGAGCCAGCCUCUACACAGCCGUCCUCGGUCCCAGAGGGUCCAGUGAGUCACAGCAGGAAGACCACAGUACCUGCUGCUGUCCCUGUGGUGCAAUCCGUGGCUGGGGGUCCUACCUACCAGCGCCGUCUCAACACAUGCAAGGCAGAGCUGCAGCAGCUAGUGCAGCAAAAGAGGGAGCAGAGCAGUGCCGAACGCAUGGCCAAGCAGAUGAUGGAGAGCGCCGAAUGGGAAAGCCGGCCUCCACCACCUGGUUGGCAUCCUAAGGGCCUACUGGUGGCCCACCUCCAUGAGCACAAAGCCGCUGUCAACCGAGUCCGUGUGUCUGACGAACAUUCCAUCUUCGCCACGGCCUCUAACGAUGGCACCGUCAAGGUGUGGGACAGUCAGAAGAUGGAGGGAAAGACCACAACCACCAGGUCAGUGCUGACAUAUUCUCGUAUUGGCGGUCACGUGAAGACCUUGACCUUCUGUCAGGGAUCACAUUACUUGGCGGUUGCCUCUGACAAUGGUUCCAUCCAGCUGCUAGCUGUGGAGGCUAACAAGCCACCCAAAUCUCCUAAGGUUCAGCCCUUCCAGACCAGGUCUUUGGACCCCCAGGAGGAAGGCUGUGUGGUGGACCUCCAUCAUUUUAAUGCUGGGGCCCAGUCUGUGUUGGCCUAUGCCACUGUAAAUGGCUCUGUGGUGGGCUGGGACCUGCGCUCUAACACCAAUGCUUGGACCCUCCACCAUGACCUUCGCCUGGGUCUAAUCACCUCCUUCACCGUGGACAUGCACCAGUGUUGGCUCUGCCUAGGCACAAGCAACGGCACCAUGGCCUGUUGGGAUAUGAGAUUCCAGCUUCCCAUCUCAAACCACUCCCACCCUGCCCGAGCCCGCAUCAGACGGGUUCUCAUGCACCCACUCUACCAGUCAUCUGUCAUUGCUGCUGUCCAGGGCAAUAAUGAGGUGUCCAUGUGGGACAUGGAGACUGGAGAUCGCAAGUUCACCCUGUGGGCUAGCUCUGCACCACCGCUCUCCGAGAUGCAGCCCUCUCCACACAGUGUUCAUGGGAUCUACUGCAGUCCAGCUGAUGGGAAUCCUCUCCUGCUCACUGCGGGCUCUGAUAUGAGGAUCAGGUUCUGGGACUUGGCAUACCCAGAAAGGUCCUACAUCGUUGCAGGAGGUGCCAACGAUUCCCUCCAUUGCCCCUCUGUCCUUUAUAGUCGCAAGAUCAUCGAGGGCACAGAGGUUGUACAGGAGAUCCACAGUAAGCAGAAGAGCGGGGCCCCGGAGGACACGCCCCGCAGGGGCCCCGAGUCCCUCCCUGUAGGCCACCAUGACAUCAUCACCGACAUCGCCACGUUCCAAACCACACAGGGCUUCAUCGUCACCUCCUCUCGGGACGGCAUCGUUAAAGUUUGGAAGUAAAGGACUGUGUGUAUGUGUGUGUGUGUGUUUCUGUGUGUGUAUAAACAUCACAUAAAUGUACACUACACACAGAGUAAAAGUUCUCUCAUUGAUUCUGAUGCUCCACUAUGUAUCCAGGUCCCACACCACAAGUA